AUGGAGUCUAAGCCCGCUCCUCUCGCCGUCUGCUUUGCUGCGGUUCUUGCGUUCAUCGCCCAACAUGGACGGGUUAGAGGACAACUCCCCCCACCUGUGUGUCAGACCUGGAACUCAACAACCGUCGUGUGUAAAGGGGAUCCGGAUGAACCUGGUUUUCUCCCCACUCCUUUUCUACCUCCAGGUAUCCCCGAGACUGUCAUCACACUGGAUCUCAGUAGAAACAACAUAACUAUACUGUAUAACGGCUCGUUUAGUGGGCAUUUACACCUCAGUGCUGGGCAGCUGACAGGGUUGGACCAAUUGGAACAUUUAGAUCUCAGUAAUAACAAUAUCAAAACCGUCAGGCCAUCCGCUUUCCGUAGACUAUCGCGGCUACGUUUCUUGGAUCUCCGUGAUAACAAUAUACAGCAUAUUACAGAGCUGACAUUUGAAGGUUUGGGCCACCUCACACAUCUAAACCUGGAAGCCAACAGGAUAGCAGUGAUUGGGAACGCCUUUCAGCGUCUGUAUCGGUUGAGGCACCUGAAUCUGAGCAACAACUGCGGUUUGGCUGCAUUGAAUCAAACAACAUUUGGCCCAGUUGUCUUCCGAUUAGAGACAAUAAACAUUGCAGACAACCCGUUUCUGUGUGACUGUCACUUAGUAUGGUUUGUCGAGUGGGCCCUGUAUAAAUACGACAGGGUAAAGAACAUGCACAACCCCUAUGCUGACAUUGGUCGAGGGUACAGAUGUUUCCUUCCAGGUCAUCUGCGUGGAAGACGUUUGACAGACGGGUUGACACAGAAACAACACUCUAAGGAUAGACAGGAUCCAGCAGAAGUUUCAGAACAAAUGUUCUUCGACACAGUCUGUAGUCAUGGAUUCCAGCCCAACCGCCUCCUGGCUUGUGUGCUCGCCUCUUCCGGCAUCUUCUUCGCCAUGAUGACCAUUUUCCUGGUCGACUACCACGUCGGCCGUGUUCAGUACCUCUUGUGGAUGUUGGCCAAGUGGAGGAGACCGAAGAUUGGUGAAGUAGAGGACCACGAGCCGCCCAGAUACACGCACGAUGCUUUUCUUGCCUACAACAACCGGGACGUCUGGUGGGUUAUACAUGAAGCGAUAGAGAAUCUAGAACCUGACUACAGUCUGGUCUUACACGAAAGGGACUUUGCAGUGGGCGCUCCCAUUGUGGAAAACAUCGCGGAUGCCGUGGAAAACAGCCGGAGAACCGUCUGCCUCAUCACCAGGAACUUCCUGAAGAGUAAGUGGUGCGAAUACGAGUUCCAGCUGGCCCAGUACCACAUGUUUGAGAAGGGGGGAGGGAGGCGUCUCAUCCUGGUGUUUCUGGAGAGGAUUCCUAAACAAAUGCUGAAACAGUUCCGCCAUCUGAACGCCGUAGUGAAGAGGGACACGUACCUGGCGUGGCCAGGCGACGUGCGGAAAAGGCCGCUGUUCUGGAGGCGGCUGCGAGAUGCUCUGGGCGAUCCUCUACCCCGGGACCCAGAGCCUCAGCAAUAG